UAUCGAUGCACCGUGGCGCUGCAGUAGCAGCGUAUCAGCGACGGUGCAUCAUACUACUCGCAAGUGGCGGCAUCAGUUGGUAGUCACCAGUGGAAGCGCGCGGUGUUUCUUGUCGUAUGCGACUAUCCUUGGUUAACUCAGGAGUGGAAAAAUGGCGUAGUUAAGUUACAAAGUUAAUGCCGCGAUCAUAUCUCGAUUGUUUAAUUGAGCUUGAUUUCAAAUAAUCUUAGACGUUGUGCAGUCACUCAUUAGUAUCGAUAUUCGAUCGAUUAUAAUAAUUAACAAUUAUCUUCAAAUUUGAAUUUUUCAAUCUUAAAUAAUCGAAGUAGUGUGCGGAUGUAAACGCUGAGAGUGGAAUCGUGCAUUGUGCUUUGGUGACUCCCCCGAUCGUGAAUCAAAUAAAAACGAGUUUAUUUCUGACAACGUUUGGCCCAACAAAUCGUUCAUUUUUUUGUGAUCAUUUUGAAAAAUCAAAACCAUCAAGGAUACACUUACGUCAGCAUGGAGAGGAGGACAUUUUCAUCGAAGAAAAGAGGAUUAUCGAGCUCGUGACAGCUUGACGAGCUGCUGCUGCUGCUGUCUGCGAGCUGAUUCGCGACCAUUUGAAGAUGGCGCCAGUGUCAUUUUGACACUUGCCCCAAGGAUCCGUCAGCUGGAUUUUAAGAAAAUAAGAAGAACAGAAGAAUUAACUAUUUUAACACCAUACAAAUCGUCUACCCAAUCCAGUUAGAGUACUUUUAUUAUGAGCAGAGAAUUUUACGUUCCUUGUACACCAUACGCUUAUCAGGACACGUCACGAUCCCUAACGAGUAUCAUUAGCGAAAAGUGGCAACGACUUCAUUCGAAGAUAAUGAAAGAAGAAGUGAAACUACAAUCGAUCUUUCAACGUCUUCCAUGUUAACCGCAAACAAUAGUUACGAUGAUGAAGACGAACAACAACAACAACAACAACCUGACGAGGAGGAACCUUCAAUGUUUCCAACUGAAAGGAUCAUAUCAUUCGAAAAUGCAAUUGUAUCGAAUAGUAGACGUAAUCGAAAUGCGAGAAGACAACUUCGAAGAAUGGUAUCGAAUUCGACUAACACCAUAGAAAUCACACCGGAAAUGAAUUUAGGGAGCUUCUUUGGAAGUAAUCCUAUUGUUACUGAAAAUCUGAUUGAAUACGGUGCAGCAUUGCAUUCCAUACAAUUCGGAAUGCAAAAUAUACACGAGCCAAUAAAUGUAACACCUGGUUUAUUUAUUAAUCAAGAGGACGAAUCAUCCUAUCAAAGUGUCAUUUCUUUCGAUGAUUAUACAAACGAGAAUAAUAUUAAUGAAUCCAAUAUGGCGAAUGGGUAAGCCGAUGAACUUAAAAAAUAGAUGAAGGAAUUCGAUAUCUCGUUCCGAUAUUCAAAUCGAUACCGAAUGUCAACCAUUGUCUUCUAUUGCAAUAUUAACCAACUUAAAAAAAUCAAAAGAGAGAGAAAGAGACAAAGAAAGAAAUAUUUACUAUAUAAAAGAAAGAUAGAUAGAUAGAUAGAUUGGAUAGAUGAAAUAAAUGAUUGCAGAAAUUUGCAGUGCGGUACUGCGGCUGGUUAAGUUCGUUCGCGUGUUAACCGCGGUCUAAAAAAUCCCUAACGGUAUCACCCUAUGUUAGGUUUACCAAACUCUGACGACAUUUUA